AGUUUCGUCCUGUUAUUGGGAACGGUUCAUUUUAGGAGCCCAUUCGCACUUCUGUCCAUCCAUCAAACCCGUCCAAAAAAGAACUUUUUAGAUGACAGUGGUCAUUGUACGGUCCAGACGAUAUGCUUCCCCGGGCCGGAAAAGAGUUUGUGGUCCGUAUACGGUUCUCAUGGCGUCAGCUAUUCCAGGGUCGUUACCUCCUGCUCACCAACACUUUGAGCGGAGGAGGCAUGCUAGCGCUGGGUGAUUUGCUACAGCAGAGCCGUGAAAAGCACAAGGACCCGACGAGAAUCCGAGACUGGAACAGGACAGGUCGUAUGUUUGUAGUGGGCUGCUCCAUGGGUCCUGUGCUGCACUAUUGGUACACAUGGUUGGACAAAAGAUUUGUGGGGUAUGCUAUAGGCACAGUGGUCAAGAAGGUUCUGGUGGAUCAGAUGAUAGCAUCACCAACACUUGGCAUGUGGUACUUUUUAGGUAUGGGGGUCAUGGAAGGACGCUCUUUAUCCCAUGGAUGGGAGGAGUUUAGAGAUAAAUUCUGGGAAUUUUAUAAAGCCGACUGGUGCGUUUGGCCCGCGGCUCAGAUGAUCAACUUUUAUUUCCUCUCACCCAAAUUCCGUGUUGUGUAUGUCAACACCAUCACCUUGGGCUGGGACACCUACCUCUCCUACCUAAAACACAGAGAUGACAGUCAACCCUCGGAGCUGCUGUCAGAUAACAGUUUGGCAGAAGUGCAGCAGAAAGCUUUGCCACCAUCCAAACCUCUGGAGCAGAAAAGUGGAUGGUGAAGUUGGACGGCUACUCAUGGCCGUUGUCAAAACUGCUGCAGGUGGAUGUCAAACGUUUUGUUGGGACACCUUUUUUCAUAUUCAUUUUAAAGUGACUGCAUUCAUGAUGUCAGAGUAUUUGCACAGUGAGAUGGUGUCCCAUGUUUGUGCCAACAUUCCAAAAUUAAAAAUAUAGAAGACACCUAAGAAGCACUCCUGCAUGUACUCCAAAGUAAGAAAUCCCAAAUUUGAUUGGUCACUGUUUGGUUGACAACGAUGGUGCAACCGCCUCUUGGCCUACGUCUGUUGAGACAGGCUCAACUCUUCUAUGCUGAACUGUGAAGCAGGUUUACAUUAAAAAAUAUGUAAAAUCACUUUAAAAAAUUGUGUUACCCGUAAUUUUGCUGCGCUGUAUUGUUUUCAAUGUCGCAUGGUCGCCAUUAAAAAAAAAAAUUGUGCAUGCACGUGCAGUAAUUGUUGUCGGAAAACAGUGCUUAAUUUUCCAUCAGUAUGGCCUCUCUUUCAACUCGAUAGCAAUCACUGAAUUUUUAAAAAAGAUAAUUUGAUCACGAUAAUGUAGAGACUAGUCAACCGUGAAAGAAAAUUCCGUUCAUUAUCAGAUUAAGAUAUUGGAUAUUAGUGAUGCUUCAUUUGAGAUGUAAGUUAAAAAUGGGAAAGCUUGAUUUUGAAACUGCCAGUUUAUGACUAUUGCAAGAUAUCAUGAUGCACUCUUGCGUCAAAGUGUCACAAGACGACUUUAUCUCAUAAACUUCUCGAUGUAAUAGUUUGCCCCUGAAAAAUCUUUUGUGCCAUAAGAAAACUCUUGGCUCUGUGUUUUAUACAUUUAUACUGUAAAUGCCGUACUGUGUAAAAUAAAGAGCCAAAAUGUCAUCAAA